AUGAAGAACUCGCGAGGCGCCUGGAACUCCUUGAAGGCAAAUUCGCGACUGCCUCUUUUUCUACUACCAGUACGACGCGCACAGACGGGGGGACAGAUGCCACCCCACGACCUGCGAUCGUCGUGGGAGGAUGGGACAACGACCAAAGCGGGGAAGAUACCCUCCGCCUCGUCAAGCAACAUUUGGCAGACCUCCAAUGUGACCUGGACCUCCACGAUGCCUUCGUGCCUGGCAUCAGACGAGGGUUUGCAAUCGUCCCGAUCCAAGCUCGCCGACACGAAGAUGUUCCCGACUUCAGACGUCGAGUACGAGAAGCUCUCCAACGAAUCAGAGAGGCCAAGAUCAUCACGGGCAGCCAUGAGCGAAAGCCCAGAGCGACGCCGCAGAGCUCAGUUCGCUGGCAAAGUCAAAGGCCUUGUGCUACAAGAGGCAGGGGACAAAAGCCAGCUUGAGGUUGAAUUUGGUACUGGGAAUGUCUGGUACGGAAGAGUCCGCGUCGCAUCCGCAGUGCUCACGGCUCCGGAGGAGGCAGACAAAGCAGGGGUUGGAUGGAUCUCCUUGCCAACCCUCGCAAGACAGAUGGGGACAUCGCUGAGCUCGUUGACUACCAAGUGGAACGAGCUCAAGCAGGUGAUUGUCGAUGAGGGCAAGCUGAACUUUGAGAAGGGCAACUUGCAGAUGAUUGCGGGCAGGAGUGACCACGAACCGAUCCUGGUGCCGUUGAGGGGACCCGCCAUCGUGGCCGAGACCAUUGCGAACUUUCGACCUGGCAACUCCGAUCCGAUCGCUCUCGUCGCCGAGAUUGCCCGACAGAUUACAAUUCCGGGCAAGCAGAUCGACGUCUUCCGGGAAAGCAAGGAGAUCAAGCAAUUUCGUAGACGUGUCCUCGAGAUGGAACCGGGGACAGAUCGCAAACAACUGUGGAAGCAGCUGGCCAAGCAACGUCGAGAUGAACAUCGUGCAUGGCAGAACCAAAAGCUAGCCCAGGCAGGGAAGAAGCAUUGGCAAGACAAGCAAGCUGUGGACAAUGAAAAGCACAGUCAAGCAUGGGAACUUCGACUCCGAAGUGAUGACAGAUGGCGGGAGACAUUGACAAAACACUUCGGGCGAAUCUUCCACAAGUCGGACAGCGCGGUUGUGGACCUUCACUUCGCAGUGAUCCUGCACCGUAUGGCGGGGCAGUGCAAACUCGUCCGGUGGAGACCUUUCACCGAAGAAGACCUAAAGGCCGUUCGAAAGCGCUGGAAGAAUGGGAAAGCAUGUGGGCCCGACAGCGUCUCACAUGAGGCGCUGAAAGUUCUGGAACAGGACGACCACUGGCGAGGCAUCCUUCUGCACGUGUUCAAUGACAUGUUGUAUACGGCCAAGAUCCCCGCUAGUAUCGAGAACGGGGUCACCGUCCUUCUAGCCAAAACUCCCUCACCGGGGGACUGGAGCGACACGAGACCAAUAACGCUCAGCUCGACGUUACUUCGCUCCUUCUCGCAGCUCAUCAUUGGCCGCGCUUCCCACUGUGUACAGGGGGAUUCCCGACUUCAGUGGGCACGAAAACGACGCCAGGGCGUCGAGCUUAUCCUGGUGAUCCGUCGCCUUUGUCGUGUUGCUCACGACUGGGGACUACCGAUGUACCUCGCGAAGCUUGACAUCCGCAAGGCCUUCGACUCCAUCUAUCAGGAAGCCUUGGCAGAAGAGCAUCCGGGGGGACAUGCCAUGGGAGGGACGUGCAUGGGUGGCCUUAUUACACGCCAAAGAGAUUGA